AUGAAGAAGUUUCUGAUUUUCCUGGCGCUCAUGGUGGCCGUGUGCUACGCCGCCCCAACCGAGCCGGAGGCCGAGGCCGAGGCGCCUCUCGUAGAAGACGCGGACGCGAUUCCGGAGCCAAUGCAGGGCCCCUUGGCCGAUUUAUGCAAAUAUCCACUGACGUUAGUCCCCUACUUGAAGGACAAUUUGAAUAAUCCCGUAGUGGAAGCAAUCAUUAAAAUGUUGUGUCCGAUGAAGAAGUUUCUGAUUUUCCUGGCGCUCACGGUGGCCGUGUGCUACGCCGCCCCAACGGAGCCGGAGGCCGAGGCCGAGGCGCCUCCCGCAGAAGCCAUAGACGCGAUUCCGGAGCCAAUGCAGGGCCCCUUGGCCGAAUUAUGCAAAUUGCCACUGACCUUGGUCCCUUACUUGAAGGACAAUUUGAAUAAUCCCAUAGUCGAUAAAAUCGUAAGCAUGUUGUGUCCUUUC